AAAGAUCAAAACGUGUGACUGUUUCCUGCAAUCAUCUAUCCUUCAGGCACGUGCUUUUUCUUUUUUUUUUCCAUAUCAAUAGUGCCAGAAUUAUAAUGUAUAUCUUAGAUAAAACAUAAAUUGCCAGAAAAACUUUUUACUUGGGUGUAUGCAUGUAGUUUACUCAUCUUUUCUUCAGGGUUUAUGCAAUAAGAUGGCACCACCAAGAAUUAAUGAUGUAGAAGAGGAUUAACUGAUUUUGAAGGGGCUGCUGGUCUGUUCUGCCUCUCAUAUGUCAGCUCUUCCCCAGAGGCCAGCUGCUUAUGAGAAUGUUGUGUGUUGUUGAGAAAAUUUACACAAUCCACCUGCUUCAUUCUUUUCACUCAGGCUCAUCAUUUUGAUCAAUAUAAAUACACUUAAUUAUGUGAACAGCUCGUCAGCGCAAAUACAAAAUAAUUCAAACAUUUUUUUCUGCCAAUCAUUUGCUUUUGAAAUGAACACUGAAAUGUGCCUUAUAUCUUUUCAAUUGUGUCUAAUUUUCCUUUAUAUGCCCAUUCAUCAUCAAAAUCAAUCCAGCUUUUAUCUGGUGGCCUCACCAUGAACAGCUCAGAGCAGAUUCCGUUCCUCUUCAGUUGCAACGUGAGUCCAAGUGUGACGCCAAAGCUGGACAUCGGCGUCACCAAAAGUGAGCCGCUGACCAUCGCCAUUCCCAUGACAAUCUUCUACAGCAUCAUCUUCUUUUUUGGAGUUUUAUUUAACGGUGUGAGCAUUCUGACCCUACUCAUGGAUCCUCAUAUGAGAGUCAGCACCAUCCGUUUAUACCUGCUCAGCCUGGUUAUAUCAGAUGUUCUGCAGUUGUUGACCAUCCCAGUAACGUUAUACCGGUAUUAUUGGGAGAGCUAUCCAUGGCGUCUUGGCCAAGCUGUGUGCAAAGUCUACUUUAUGGUCCGCCAAAUGUACUGCGCCACCACCAGCUGGGUCAUUGUGAUCUUCACGACUGAACGCUAUGCAGCAAUUUGCCACACCAUGUGGUCUGUCUCCAGCUUAAAGAAGUCCCGAGUGCCCUGCCUUCUAAUUGUUUGGGUUGUUUCCCUGGCGUCAGCCGUACCCUUCGCUCUCGUCUAUGAUCAGGCAUGGGCUUGCAUUCUGGACUACACUGCAACAAGGCCAGAAGAUGCUUUUAAAGUCUCCACUAUGUGCGAAAUGACUGAGCCUGACCCUGCUCACAUGUACAAAGGAAUCAUUCUUCUGAGAGCAGCCUUCUUCUUUUUGGUGCCACUGAUCUCCAUCUUCACGCUUUACAUGCUAAUCCUGCUUUACCUCAGAAGAAACAGUCAGCAGAGGAGGAACAUGGGAAUCAUGAGGCAGGAUGUGGACGGAAGGCGAGAUGUUCAAUGCCACCAGAAUGGAAAGCUGCUUUUAAAUGAGAAAAGAGCACUGAUACUCAUGGGUGCUGUUGUGGUUGCUUUCUUUGUGCUCAACUUUCCUGACAUUGCGUCUUCACUGAUGCAGGUCUAUGUGGUCGUGUGGUCUGACACGGUGCUCUCUGUCUACACCGUCCUCAAAUCCUAUUUGUCCCUUCCACUGUGGUACAUCAACGGGGCUUUGGACCCCGUACUCUUCUGCAUAUCCUCCCAUGCGUUUCGGAGAGCGUGCUGGAGAACUCUGAGCAGACUUAGACCUCACUGCUUCAAGGAGUACCAAGGCUAGUGUCAGUUAAGAACAUAAAAUUCCAGUUAUGAUGCCAACACAAAAUCCAGAGAGGCUGACUUAUUGUUAUACAGAAUAAGCAACGGGGAAAAAACAGGAUUCCAUAAAAAGGAAAAAUAUAUUUUAAAAACAUUUACAAUUAAGUGCUUCGAAUUUAUUCUUUCGUUCAUUUGACCAAAACACAUUUUCAAAUUAUGAUAUUAAUGUAGGAGUAAGUCUGUCUAAAACUAACUAAUUUUCUUUUUCUAUCAGUGUUGCGUAUAAGUUUUUAGUGCCAGUAAACAUGUUGAAUUCCCCUGUAACGUAUAUUUAUUUCAAUUCUUUAAGGUGAUUUUCUUUUGUAGCUGCUGGCCAACAAAUGAAUGUGAAAAUGUCUUUACUUUAACGUUUAAAGCGCUAGAUGGAGACCAUUGUUGCAGGUUUUAGCUUAAAAGAUAAAGAUCACCUUGUUCUCACAAAUGAUCUUGUUGUUGUCGUCAUUUUUGCCAGAACUGUAACUAUUGUGCAUAUGAAGUCUGCAGUAUUGCAAAAGAGGAAUCUAAUAAGUCUUAUAAAAAAAGAACAUAAAAGGUAUACUAUGUCUCUUGCAACAGCCUACUGGAAUGACUAUAUCCUGCCUCUCUUGUUGACACAGGUUUUUGCAGCUAACAGCAUUACUGUAAACAGUCACAACUGUGUUCAUUCAUGUGCUACACAGAAGACAUUUCUAAUCUGAUAUAGAAAGCAUAAAAAUAUGUGCUUUUUUGACAGAUUCCUUUAAAAGAUUAAACAGCUAUGACACCUCCAACUAACUGCAUGAAGUACAUCAUCACUUAUUUAGCAAAAACUGACUAAAAAAUUAGAAAAAGGAAGACAGAGGGAAUAUAAUUAAUUACAAAGUAUAUCAUAAGAAAUGCACACCUCUAAGUAUCUUUGAGCACACCUGGAUGAUUGGCAUCAGAGGCAGACUGGUCUGUUUUUACAUAAAGAAAGUUGGGUCAUUGGAUGUCUGCAGGGUCAUGCUACAUGUGUUUUAGCUGAAAGUGGUGGCAACUUCCUUUCUGUGUGCUCCUGUGAGCUGGGGACGCAGCCUGCUAAAGGAACUCACUGGAUGCAGUGGUGGAUCAGAGACUGGCGUGCGAGCUGCCUGCCAUAAUGAGCAAAAUGCAGCACUCCAACUACAAAGUGCUGUGUUAACAGAGGAGCUGUCGUGCCAAAGGUUCUUGUCACUGAGAUCCAGGAUGAAGACGCUAAAGACAGCGAUGGCACCGUCGACAAAUAGAUUGUACAACUCAUACGUGGUCAUGUUUACGCUCUCUGUAUUUGUAUACAUUGAGGUUUUUUUAUACAUGCAUGAUUUUUUCUUUUUUUAACUUGCUUAUGUGCGCUAUGCAUGUAUGUCCUUGUUAGUUUUUGUCAGAGCACGCUUUCAGAUUCCUUUCCUUUCUGGAAUGAAUAAAGUUUUUUCUAUUUUU